CCUCGGAAAAGCAGCAUAUCCCGUUUCCCCUCGCCGCACAGGACGCUCCCCAGCCCACAGCAUUCAUUCAUUCCAACAGAUUGAUAAAGGGCGGACCGCGUUCAGGAUGCCUCGAGGAAGACCACGCAAGAAUCCUGUCGUGACGUCCAGCGACGCUACGUCCAAGAAUGGGGAUCAGGCAAGCGGCGCUGCGGCUGGUGCGUCGUCGUGCACGUCAGCGGAUGCGAGUACCACGCGUCAGAAAGAAGCUGGAAGCUGGUCAAGCGGCACGACACCAAAGGGAAAUAGUCUCGACGCGCAGAAGGCAUCUGGCAGCACGACUGGUGUCAAGCCCCAGAUGGUCGAAUCGGCGAGCCACGCGUUCCAGGGCUUCUUCCAGGCUCGUGCCGCGAGCACCUCGAGCCCAGGGGGAGGCUCUUGCAACUGCACGGCCACGCUGCGAAUCUUGUCUGAUCGUAUGGACAGGAUGCAAGACGAACUUUCGGCUGCUAUUAAUAUGCUGCGUUCUGACCUUACCGUCGCCAUGGAAGCGAUGCACGCGAACAGAACCAGCUCUGGCCCUUCCUCCAACCCGUUUGCAAACCUCAAGCGCAGCGCCCUGGCAUCACCUAAUCGCGGAUCUUCCAGCAAGUCGUCUGCGAAGCGUGCACGUAUCAGCGAGCCAGCACCGUCGACCAAAGGCAGGCCUGCUGCUCCUUUGGCCUUUGGAGCCAGCAUUUCCAAGUACCCCGAUGGUGCGGAAGAGGGCAGUGAAUUUGGCCUUAGCAUUCCGCGCGUCUCGACCAUCGAGGAUGUGUGGUCCCAGUGGACGAUUGGCGAUGAGUCGCUUAGGGCACCCCUCAAGGAUUGGACGACGCAGAUGAUCGCUGAGUGCCCCCAGAAGAUGGUAUAUUACCAGCGCCGCCAACUUUGCCAGGAGCUUGAGAGACUUGGCGGAGAUAUUGAGCAGUUCAAGGCCAUCCACGGCAAUACUCUCACAGGGGCUGCCGACAGUGUGCGCCGGAAGUGCAUUGAGGCAGGCACCACUAAGCGACGUUCACGCAAGUCUGCCGCUGCAGAUGCUGACGAUGCCAACACAAGCCUCACCCAUAGUGGAACUGGUGCCAAAGCAAGUACAUACGGCGAGGAUGAUGAGAAUGACGACUCCGACGAAGACGAGCGCGUCUCUAUGAUGGCGACUGCCACUGCCGACCGGGCGGUGCAGCAACACCAGCAGAGAACGCAGCAGCAGCAACACCAGCAACCACAACAGCAGCAGCGCCAGCAGGCUCCCAUUCUCUCGCCGCAGGCGCAGCAAACGUCGACGUCGCAAUACCACAGCAGUGGAAUGCACCACUUCCAGCCCAACAGCAGCGCCACGAAUGCCGCGAUGGCCGCACAGAGCCUUCUCGGGCCGCCCCGUCUGCCCGGCGUCGGGCACCACAGCGGGCACCAGCCGACGUCGCCUCACUUGCCAUCCCUGACGCAGCAGGUGCACCAGCAGCAACAGCAGCCGCCGCACUAUGGCAGUCACCAUCACCAGCAGUCGCAUCAAGUCAGUCACCACGGUGGCGGCAGCAGCCUGACCAGCUACUACGCGAACCCUGGCUCCGGCGCCGGCGGCCAUCACCAUAACCAGUACCACACUGGCACCUUUUGAAUCACAGCGGAGGGAGCUCGGCUGGAAGAGCGCGAGCGCGAGCAGCAACAGCAGGAAGCGGCCGCCAGGUUUCCCAGGUCCUCGCAGCCGGAUGCAUAAUCCCCUCGCUAUUGCUGGAACUAAAUUCUGCUGCGUGCUUUGCUCGUCUGUGUUUUCAAACCUCGAGCGAACCUUCGCGAUGGAUCGGAUCCUCCCUC